AUGCAUCAUCCAUUUGGAAAAGAGGAAACUGCUUCCCAGAAGCAGCUUUUUGGAUUUUUCUGUGAGUGCCUUCGAAGAGGAGAAUGGGAGUUGGCACAGGCAUGUGUGCCUCAGCUACACGAGGCACAAGGGGAUAUCCCAAAGAAGGUGGAAGAUAUACUUCAGGCGCUGGUGGUCUGUCCAAAUCAGCUGAGAUGUGGACAGGACAUCAACCCUCAGAGAUUAGCCUGGGUCUGGCUUCUUGUACUGGAAACAUGGUUGGGGGAAAAGAAGUUACUCCCAACUGUUCUCCGGAGAAAGCUUGAGUUUCUUUUAUUGUCAGAAGACUUCCAAGGUGACAUUCCAGAGGACAUCCUCAAGGAGCUAUAUGAGGUCUUAGCACAAGACACAGUAGGCCCUGGGCUUGAUGGAAAUCAGAGGCAAGAGAACCGGACCCCUCAGCUCAGCUUAGAAGCUGUCUCUGUGCUCUGGGAUCUUCUGAGGCAGGCUCCCCAGCCGGCACAGGCCCUGCUGGAGCUUCUGCUUAGGGAGAAUGAUGGCACUGGCCUCUGUGGCUGGCGUCUGCAGAAGGCACUGGUGGACCUCAUUCAAAAGGCACUACGAGCUUUGCAGGGCCCUGCUGCUGGGCCCCCUGGGGUAGUAGAUGCCAUCUAUGGAGCCCUGCGGACCCUGCAUUGCCCUGUAGAGCCCCUCGGGCUUGAGCUGCGUACUCUGUGUGAAGAGCUACUGGAGGCCUGCCGGUCUGAGGGGAGUCCACUGCAGGAGGAACGACUGCUCAGCUGCCUGCUGCACAGGGCCGGACAGGGCCUGGUUUCUCUAUACGGCCAUAUCUAUGCAGAGAAGGCCACAGAAAAGCCACAGAAGACCAAGCCCUCCGGAAAAGUCUCACCAGAUCAUCUAGAUCCCGAGCGGGCAAUGCUGGUCCUGUUCUCCAAUGCUGAUCCAGCCCAGGCUUGGAAAUUGGCCUAUUUCUACUGCCUGAGCAACAGCAAGCACUUCCUCGAGCAGAUCUUGGUGACAGCGCUAACGCUGUUGAAAGAGGAAGACUUCCCAAGUCUUGGCAGCCUACUAGAUAGAGAAUUCAAGCCUCUCAGUCGACUGCUCGUGCUCCUGGGCUGGACACAUUGCCAGAGCCUAGCAGCAGCCAAGAGGUUACUCCAGACACUCCACAGGACCCAGGACCAAGGCUGUGAUAAGCUCCUCAGGGAUGCCUGUGAUGGGUUGUGGGCUCACCUGGAGGUGCUGGAGUGGUGUGUUCAGCAAAGCAGCAACCCCAUACCAAAGAGAGAUCUCUUGUGUCAUUUACAUGGUGGAGACAGCCACUCAGUGCUCUACUCUCUCCAUCACCUUACAAACCUUCCAGCCCUCAGGGAGGAAGAUGUUCUCAAGCUCCUACAAAAGGUGCCAGCCAGGGACCCCCAGCAACAGCAUGAUUCGGCAGAUACCCUGGCCCCUGAGCACCUCAGCCAGUGCCAGAACCUGACACUCUACCGGAGCUUCUGUGCCAUGAAGUAUGCCAUCUAUGCCCUCUGUGUGAACUCACACCAGCACUCCCAGUGCCAGGAAUGCAAAGACAGUCCCUCUGAGGACCUGGCGUCAGCUGUGGAGCCCACGAGUGAUGCUCUCCCCUCCCCAGGUGCUUCAAGGCUCUUCUCAACAUACCUGGCCAGGUGUCAACAGUAUCUGUGCAGUAUUCCUGACUCUUUGUGCCUGGAACUUCUAGAAAACAUCUUCUCAUUGCUCCUUCUCACCUCUGCCGAUCUUCACCCAGAGCCUCACCUGCCUGAGGACUAUGCUGAGGAUGAUGACAUUGAGGCGAAGGGCCAGUUGGGCUUGAGGUCCCCAUCAGAGAGCCCUCAGCACAUAGCACAGCCUGAGAGGAAGUCAGAACGGGCUUCCCUGGGAGUCCCCAGGAGCCUUCCUUGUACCAUUCCAAGCUGUCUGAAGACAGAGCCAAAAGACAGUUCCCCAGGGCCUCAAGGGCACAGCUUUUUGGACCUAAAGCACUUUACUAGUGGUAUCACUGGGUUCCUAGCUGAUGAAUUUGCAAUAGGGGCCUUCCUCAGGCUUCUCCAGGAGCAGCUGGAUGAGCUCAGCAGCCAUAACCUCCCUGAAAACCCAAAGCUGCUAGAAGGCCAGAGCUGCUCGGGAAGCAGAGAUGGACUGCCGAGCCGCCUGCACCGGUUUUCCAAGGUUGUCUCUGAGGCCCAGUGGAGAUACAAGGUGGUAACAAGCAACCAGGGCUCAGAGGAGCAACCUUCCCGAAGAUACCGGCCUGUUGCCACACGGCACCCCAGUCUCCGCCGGGGUCGUCGGACAAGAAGGAGCCGGGCAGAUGGCCGGGACAGAGGUUCCAAUCCAUCCCUGGAAAGUACGAGUAGUGACCUGAGCACAAGUACUUCAGAGGGAAGUCUGAGCACUGUGUCUGGGAGGAAUGAGCUGGAUGGCAGGUUACAGCCCCAGCCUCAAAGUUCGCUCAUCCCCAUGAUGUUCUCCCCACCUGAGUCUCUGCUGGCAUCCUGCAUCCUCCGGGGGAACUUUGCAGAAGCCCAUCAGGUGGUAUUCAUGUUCAACCUCAAGUCCUCGCCCAGCUCAGGGGAACUGAUGUUCGUGGAACGCUACCAGGAGGUGAUCCAGGAGCUGGCCCGAGUAGAGCACAAGAUUGAAAACCAGAACUCAGACGGGGGUAGCAGCACCAUUCGAAGAACAGGCAGUGGCCGCUCAACUCUACAGGCUAUUGGCAGCGCUGCUGCGGCAGGGAUGGUAUUUUACUCCAUCUCUGAUGUGACCGACAAGCUGCUCAGCGCCUCUGGGGACCCCAUCCCCAUGCUCCAGGAGGACUUUUGGAUAAGCAGUACCCUGAUAGAGCCCACUGCCCCGCUGAGAGAGGUCCUGGAGGACCUGAGUCCCCCUGCCAUGGCUGCAUUCGACCUAGCUUGCUCUCAGUGCCAGCUCUGGAAAACCUGCAAGCAGCUCUUAGAAACAGCCGAGCGACGUCUAAACAGCAGCCUUGAGAGCCGGGGUCGACGGCUAGACCACGUACUCCUCAAUGCUGACGGCAUUCGAGGUUUUCCGGUUGUUCUUCAGCAAAUCAGCAAGAUUCUCAAUUAUCCACUUGUGUCAGCCGGACAAACUAAAUCAGAGAGUGUAGAAGAAAAAGGAGGAAGCCUUCCACGGUGCAGUAUUGCUGAGCUUCUUCAGAUGUGUUGGCCCAGCCUGACUGAGGACUGUGUUGCCAGCCACACCACCCACUCCCAGCAGCUGGAUCAGGUCCUUCAGUCACUGAGAGAAGCACUGGAGCUGCCAGAGCCCAGGAGUACUCCACUCUCUUCCCUGGUGGAACAGGUGGCCCAGAAAGUUCUGGAGGCAGAGAACCACCCUGUGCAUAUCCAGACUCAGCUCCUUCAGAAGAACCUGGGCAAACACACCCCAGCAGGCAGCAGGCAAACUGACUACCUGGGCACCUUCUUCAGCUACUGUAGCACCCUGGCUGCAGUUCUUCUUCGGAGCUUGAGCUCUGAGCCUGAUCGCGUGGAGGUCAAAGUAGGAAAUCCCUUUGUUCUCCUGCAACAGAGCUCAUCCCAACUGGUGUCACACCUCCUGCUUGAGCGACAAGUUCCCCCAGACAGGCUGGCAGCCCUUCUGGCCCAAGAGGGUCUCGGCCUGAGUGUGCCACAGGUCAUCGUCAACUGCUGCUGUGAGCCCCUUGCCCUUUGCUCAUCCCGGCAAAGCCAGCAGACAUCAUCCCUUCUGACCCACUUGGGCACCUUGGCCCAGCUGCACACCUCCCACUGCCUGGAGGACCUCCCACUUUCUACCUUGAGCUCCCCAAAGCCAACUGAGAAUCCCACAUUAGAGAGAAAGUCCCACUCCUCCCCAAGGGGUUCAUCACCCCCAGCCCUCACCUCCUCUGCCUUGGCCUUCCUUAAGUCCCGCUCAAAGCUGCUGGCUACAGUGGCCUGCCUGGGCGUUUCCUGGGGGGCAAAGGUCACCAAGCCCAGCUUGUCGUGGAAGGAGCUUCGUGGCCGCAGGGAGGUGCCUCUGACUGCAGAGCAAGUAGCCCGGGAGUGUGAGCGCCUCCUAGAACAGUUCCCUAUGCUUGAGGCCUCCCUUAUGGCUGCCUGGGAGCCCUUACAAGGAUCGUCUGAGCAGGGGCAGAGUCUGGCAGCAAGUCUCUGUGGCCAGGCCAGUCUCUCUACUGUCCUCCUGGGCCUGCAUUCUCCCACUGCCCUAGAUGUGCUCACUGAGGCCUUCGAGGAAGCCCUGGUGGCCAGAGAUUGGCCCCGGGCCCUUCAGCUCACUGAGGUGUACGGGCGAGACGUGGACGACUUGAACAGCAUACGGGAUGCAGUCCUGAGCUGUGCUGCGGCAUAUGACAAAGAAGGUUGGCAGUACCUGUUUGCUGUGAAGGAUGCAUCUCUGAGAAGUCGACUAACCCUACAGUUUGUGAACAGGUGGCCACUGGAGUCGUGCUUGGAGAUCCUGGCCUACUGCAUUUCAGACAUAGCUGUCCAAGAUGCACUAAAGUGUGAGCUACGGAGAAAACUGGCAGAGCUGCAGGUGUAUCAGAAGAUUCUAGGUCUGCAGGAUACCCCCGUGUGGUGUGACUGGCAGACCCUGAGGAACUGUUGUGUUGAGGACCCAUCAACUGUCAUGAACAUGAUUCUAGAAGCAAAGGAGUAUGGGCUGUGUGAGGAGUGGGGCUGCCUCUACCCUAUUCCAAGAGAACACUUAAUCAGCUUACAUCAAAAGCAUCUUCUACACCUUCUAGAAAAAGGAGAUCAUGAAAAGGCUCUGAAACUCCUGCAGAGAAUUCCUGACCCCACCAUGUGCCUUGAGGUCACGGAGCAAUCUCUUGACCAGCACCCUAGCUUGGCCACUUCUCACUUCUUGGCCAACUACCUCACCACCCACUUCUAUGGAGAACUGACUGCUGCCCGACACCGUGAAAUCCAGGCACUGUACAUGGGAUCCAAGGUUCUGCUGACCCUGCCUGAGCAGCACCGAGCCAGCUAUUCCCACUUGUCCUCUAACCCCCUGCUCAUGCUGGAGCAGCUGCUCAUGAACAUGAAAGUGGAUUGGGCCACUGUGGCUGUUCAGACUCUGCACCAGCUGCUGGCCGGGCAGGAGAUUGGCUUCAGCACGGACGAGGUUGACUCACUGCUUUCCAGAUACGCAGGGAAAGCCCUGGACUUCCCUUACCCUCUGAGGGAGAAACGAUCAGAUUCUGUGAGUCACCUCCAGGAAGCUGUGAGUCAGGCUUCAGACCUCGAGACCUUGUCUAGAUCACCAUCAGCAGAGUUCCUUUCUGCUGCUGCUCCUGGUGUCUCCAUUGUGCAUUCCCCCAGUCCGAGGGAGAGGAGCCUCCCUCAGAGUCAGCCCCCACUGGAGUUUGUGCCCCCAGCAACGCCCCCUGCCAGGCACCAGUGGGUACCGGAUGAGAGCAAGAGCAUCUGCAUGGUCUGUUGCAGGGAGCACUUCACCAUGUUUAACAGGCGUCAUCAUUGUCGCCGCUGUGGCCGGCUAGUGUGCAAUUCCUGCUCCACUAAGAAAAUGGUGGUGGAAGGCUGCAGAGAGAACCCUGCUCGCGUGUGUGACCAGUGCUAUAGUUACUACAACAAAGAUGUGUCAGAGGAGAAUCCAGGACAACCAGAAGUACCAGACAGCUCCAAGACUGAAAGCCCUCCGUACUCAGCGGUGGUGAGAGUCCCUAAGGCAGCUGAGGUGGAAUGGAUUUUGGAUCUGAAUGAGGAGGAAAAUGAGCUGGUGCGGAGUGAAUUUUACUAUGAGCAGGCCCCUAACGCCUCCUUGUGCAUUGCCAUCCUGAAUCUGCACCGGGACUGUGCUGCCUGUGGCCACCAGCUAAUUGAGCACUGCUGCAGGCUGUCCCAGGGCCUCACCAACCCAGAGGUGGAUGCAGGGCUGCUCAUAGACAUUAUGAAGCAGCUGCUCUUUAGCGCCAAGAUGAUGUUCGUCAAGGCUGGCCGGAGCCAGGACCUGGCUCUUUGUGACAGCUACAUCAGCAAGGUAGAUGUUCUGAAUAUUUUAGUUGCUGCUGCCUAUCGCCAUGUGCCAUCUCUGGAUCAGAUCUUACAGCCGGCUGCAGUAACCAGGUUAAGGAACCAGCUUUUGGAAGCUGAGUACUACCAACUAGGCGUUGAGGUCUCCACAAAGACGGGGCUUGAUACCACUGGGGCGUGGCACGCAUGGGGUAUGGCCUGCCUCAAAGCUGGGAACCUCGCUGCCGCACGGGAGAAGUUCAGUCGCUGUCUGAAGCCCCCUUUUGACCUCAAUCAGCUGAGUCAGGGCUCAAGACUGGUACAGGAUGUGGUUGAGUAUCUGGAGUCCACAGCGAGGCCACUCCUGUCCUUGCAAGAUGAUGAUUACUUUGCCACCUUGAAAGAGCUGGAAGCUACCCUUCGGACCCAGAGCCUCUCUCUGGAGGUGAUUCCUGAAGGGAAGAUCAUGAACAACACCUACUACCAAGAAUGCCUCUUCUACCUGCAUAACUACAGCACCAACCUGGCCAUCGUCGGCUUCUAUGUGAGGCACAGCUGCCUGCGGGAAGCCCUGCUGCACCUCCUCAGCAAGGAGAGUCCUCCAGAAGUCUUCAUAGAAGGCAUUUUCCAGCCAAGCUAUAAAAGUGGGAAGCUACACACCUUGGAAAACUUGUUGGAAUCCAUUGAUCCUACCUUGGAGAGCUGGGGAAAGUACUUGAUUGCUGCCUGCCAGCAUUUACAGAAGAAGAACUACUACCACAUUCUGUACGAGCUGCAGCAGUUUAUGAAGGACCAAGUCCGGGCUGCCAUGACCUGUAUCCGGUUCUUCAGUCACAAAGCAAAGACGUAUACGGAACUGGGAGAGAAGCUCUCAUGGCUGCUUAAGGCCAAGGAUCACCUGAAGAUCUACCUCCAAGAAACCUCCCACGGCACUAGAAGGAAGAAAACCACCUUCUUCCGAAAGAAGAUGACUGCAGCUGAUGUGUCAAGGCACAUGAACACACUUCAGCUGCAGAUGGAAGUGACCAGGUUCUUACAUCGGUGUGAAAGUGCAGGGACUGCUCAGAUCACCACCUUGCCUCUGCCAACCCUGUUUGGAAAUAACCACAUGAAAAUGGAUGUUGCCUGCAAGGUCAUGCUAGGAGGGAAAAAUGUAGAAGAUGGUUUUGGAAUUGCAUUCCGUGUUCUGCAGGAUUUCCAGCUGGACGCUGCCAUGACCUACUGCAGAGCUGCCCGGCAGUUGGUGGAGAGGGAGAAAUACAGUGAGAUCCGACAACUGCUCAAGUGCGUCAGCGAGUCAGGCAUGGCAGCCAAAAGUGACGGGGACACCAUCCUCCUCAACUGCUUGGAAGCAUUCAAGAGAAUUCCACCCCAGGAGCUGGAGGGCCUGAUCCAGGCAAUACACAACGACGACAACAAGGUUCAGGCCUACCUGACAUGUUGCAAACUUCGUUCCGCCUACUUGAUUGCUGUGAAGCAAGAACACUCACGGGCCACAGUCCUCGUCCAGCAGGUGCAGCAGGCUGCCAAGAGUAGCGGGGAUGCAGUAGUGCAAGACAUCUGCACCCAGUGGCUUCUGACAAGCCACACCCGGGGUGCCCAUGGCCCAAGCUCCAGAAAGUGACCCUGGGCCGCAGGGCCUGAGAACUGGGGACAGGAGUGAUGGAGAGGCCCUCCACCUCUUUCCUCCUGUGCAGUGGGACUUCCCUGGCUGCACAUAGGUCGGAAGUAGCUGGAUAGGACCCUACUUGCCUUCUUGGGCAAGGACAGGACCUUUCACGCAAGUGCCAUGUUUCUGUAAAAUUGUGGAAUCUGUGUGUGUUUGUCUGGAGAUGGCCAGUUCUUUCUACCUCAGAGUGAGUGAGUCUGUGUGCACACUCCUGUGCACUCGUGUUUACACCCAAGCAUUUCCGAACAAACGAAACUCUCCCCACUAUAAAGAGGCACUUUACUUUAGACUUCUGCCGUUCUGGAAACCUGCCCUGCGUUUUGGUUCUUAACCCGGGUCAUCCUGUUUGUACACAGUCCCUUCCAUGUGGAGAUGCUCCAGCAGCUUCUCAUUAACUGGAAGGGUUUUACAGAGAAUUGUACAGCACCACCAAAAGCAUUGCCUCUUUUCCCUUCCUUUCCUUUCCCAAAUUCAGAGAUGGCUUUGGGGCAUGUGCUACCUAUGGAAUAAAACUGUUCCGAGUGUCUCCUCUCACAAGCACAGGGAGUUACCGUGAGUCUUUGGAAGGCCCUCUGAACAGAAGGGUCCUCAUGCGCCAGCAUCUGAAAGCUAGGGGGUGUACAUACAAGUAGUCAGGUCUGGAGCCCCACGCAUGGGCAGGAGGGGCACCGUCACAUUCAUGCAGCGGGGAGAGAAAGGUGAGCCUUUCCAAGCAGGAAAGCAGGGGGUACUUACAAGCACAGAGCUGGCCUUUGUGACUCCCUGCUGCAGAGUGAGAGAGCAUAGUCUCCUCUCAGAGAGUCGGGAAAGGAAUGGUAGGAUCCUAGGACUGAAUGGCUAGACUUUGCCUAUUUGAGUUACAGUCCUAUUUGUGCCCCUUAAAUUGGUUAGGAACCAGUCCUUCUCUCCCGCUUCAGUCUCUUCAGGAUGGCAGGGGGGAUCUGCAGAGACCCAGCAUCACUGAGAAGGCAGUGCGCUUCUUUGUCUUAACAGAGGGUCAAGGGUUCGCUUUGGAGGUGGGCCUGUGGACAAGGUGGACGAGGGGACAGUGAAUCGGUCCUGUGCAGUUGGUGGAAAACUAGGUGAAGUGCUCCUUUCAUAAGCACUGGCUUGUCUUCCCGCCGAGAUGUGACGAUGUUUUAGAAAGCAUCUGUCAUACUCACUGACUUGGAUUUGCAAAUGGGAGGCCUAGAGAGGCUCUCCAGCUCUGAGCCUCCCCCCAGCCAGAGCUCAGCCUGCUGAUCUCACAUUCACUGUUGAGACAAACAGGAACUGGAAGCCGAAGUAUCUCUGGUGCUUAGAAACCCUGUGGAUUUCCCUCUGAAGCAGGUUUUUUGAUAGUAAAAUAAAUAACCAUUAUGGGUGUCUGUCAGAUUCAAGGUUUUGGUCCUUUUAGAGAGAGGAAAGGCUGCAAAGAGAAUACUAGGUCCUUUCAGGGGGAAGUUUGGCAAGUGGCUUUUCCCUCUUUGAGUCAUGGAAUGCAUCUAUCUUCCAGGAAACGUCAUUCCCUGGCAUCUGCUUGCCCUUCUGAGUCUGCCCUUUUUGCACUGAACAUAAGCACUUUAUAUGAAUGGGUUGCAAAUCUUGCAGCCCUUAAUUUGGGAUGUUAAGACCAGAUUUUCCAGACUUUUUCCUCUAACUAGUUGAACUAUAAAAUAGGCAACCACUUAUUAGACUGACGUAAGAUGAGGCUAAAUGCCUUUGAGCAUCACGCUGUGGUCUCCAGCAAAAAAACAAACUAAUGUACAUGUUGAAGGAUUGACUAUUUUGCCACAAGCAAACCACAAUAAAGUGUCUGUCCUACAAGUU